UAGCUUUGCAGAGCAAGGAGUCUAGUCUAGCUAGUCUGCUUGCACUCUUCGCCUCAUCUCACAACCUCAGAACUUGAAGACUGCAGAAGAGCCCAGAACAAAGCUUAGCUGGAGUUACCAUAUUUCAGAACCGAAUGAUCAAUCAAUUGCAAUGACGAGCGACAAUCAGUUCCCACCAAUUGAUAUUGUUGUUUUGAAUGGCGAGCUAGCAUGUUCCCAUAUGCACGACGACGACUCUGUAACCUUGUGUACAAUGGAUGAAAGUGAUUCGGUUGCGCAUGCGCAGUACGUGGAAAUAUCACCCGGCAACUACUAUGAGAUCCUCGAAUCGCGAUGGGAGAGUGAACACGGGGCUCUGGAGGAGAGUGGAAAUUCUCGGCCCAGUGCUUCCAGGGCCCCUCCCUCUGCGGGACGCCCCUAUCGAAGGGGCAGCCUCGUCAUGACACUCAAGAAAUCAACGAUGCUGCAGGAAGACAUAUCACGUCGCGAAAGUGUAGCCAGUCCUAAGAAGCCUACUCUCCCAUCUCGAAGAGAAAGCAUGGCCAUGAGUUUGGCAACUACUGACGAAGAAUGGGAAGCUCAGGGCAUUCUUCCACAGCCAGACAACUGUCGCCAGGCUUCGUUUGGCUCCAUGGUGCCUGUUCGACCCAAUCGGAGAGCAAGCAUUGUAACGAGCGCUGUCCAAGACCCCGAGGCUACUGGAAGGCCACAUAUUCCAUUCCGAAGAGGUAGCCUGAAUGUGGCGGACCUUGGAUAUGCUCCACAGGAGGCUGUCGAGCCACCGAAGUCGUUAGUGCGAACGAUCACGCAGUGUAGCGAGCCUCCGAAGUAUCCACACCGCAAAAGCAGUAUGGGCAUGUGUCAAUCUCAGGACGCAGCAAACGCCGCGUACGCCCUCCCGACUUCCGAUUUGCGAUUGGAUGCCAAGCGCCCCCCCAAGCGUCCUUUCAGAAAAGCCAGCAUGGACAUGGGCCGAGCUGAUGAUAUGGAUACUUCGGCUGCUGGUAACUGUGUCUCGCAGUCCAUGAAUAAAUCAUGCUCCUCCCAGCCCAAGUGCCCGCUGCGAAAAGCCAGCAUGGGGAUGUGUUCGUCUCAGGACCACCAAGCGGCCGACGAGGCAGACACGUCUAACACCGAGGCCCCGGCACAUGAUGUUCGCAGGCACAAAUGCAGACGUACUUCCCUGGUGCCAACCUCUUCUGGGAAGGAAUUGCCUCCACACCGGCGAGGAAGCCUUGUUCUGAGCUUGGCUUGCUAUGAAAAAGACCCUAUAAAGUGUAAUGAAUCUGGUCAGAUCCGCCUCAAGUUGACAGGAUUGGAGCUGAAAGGCAGUGAUCUGAAUGUCUACCGCAGCGGCAUUUCUCGAGUUCCACCUAAUAGCAAAGACAUGACAAGCGUCGCGGCAUAGCAAUGUUCAUAAGAUCAUUAGUAGCCGGUGAGCAGACUUGACUGUGGGAAAUACCCGGGCCUUAGCUCGUGGGUCGUCCUCAAGCACAUCUUGUCUGAAUCCGUUAUUAGACGUUCAGUUUUUUUUUUU